AUGGCCCGAUUCUGGUUCCAUUGGGGGCUCCUCCUGGUAGCUAUCAAUAUUGCGCAGGUGGUGCGAACGUUGGAUAUCGAUCUGAAUGAUGACGACUCCCUGAAAGAUGCUGCCAGCAAGACGGCCAAAGGGUCGAUGACAUGGUAUGACGGCGACAAGCCUGGCGGAAACCCCGGAGCGUUCCCGACAAAGUGGUGGGAGGGUAGUGCCCUGUUUCUGAGCCUGCUGCUCUACUGGCACUAUACUGGCGACACGACCUACAAUGAUGCGGUGGCCCAGGGAAUGGAACACCAGGCCGGAGACGGAGACUACAUGCCGUCCAACUACAGUUCUUAUCUGGGUAACGAUGAUCAAAUGUUCUGGGGCGUUGCCGCCAUGACCGCCGCCGAGAUCAAGUUCGCCGACGUCGACGACGGAUAUUCUUGGCUGUCCCUAGCGCAGGGAGUCUUCAACACGCAGAUCGAACGAUGGGAUACGACCAACUGUGGCGGUGGACUUCGGUGGCAAAUAUUCCCCUACCAGGCCGGAUACGCGAUGAAGAACUCCAUCUCCAACGGAGGCUUGUUCCAGCUGGCGGCCCGCCUGGCCCGGUAUACAGACAAUUCGACUUACGCGGACUGGGCCGAGAAGGUCUGGGACUGGAGUGUCAGCUCCCCGCUGGUGAACAACAAGACGUGGAACGUGGCCGACUCGACGGAUAUCGACAACGGGUGCAAGACCCAGGGCAACAAUCAGUGGUCCUACAACUACGGCGCCUACAUGAUGGGUGCCGCCUACAUGUACAAUCACACCGAAGAUGCCAAGUGGAAAGACGCCCUCGACGGCCUUCUCGGUGUCACCAUGAAGACCUUCUUCCCCCAGAAGUACAACGACAUCAUGUCGGAAACGCUAUGCGAACCUAACGAGGUCUGCAACGACAACGAAAUUCUAUUCAAGGGCCUGGUCGUGCACUGGCUGGCCUUUAUCAGUCUCGUCGUCCCCUCGACCUACGACACGAUCUUCCCGAAGCUGCAGGCCUCAGCCGAGGCGGCGGCCAAGUCGUGCAGCGGCAUGAGCAACAACACCUGCGGCGUGCGAUGGUAUCAAAAUAAGUGGGACGGAUGGGUCGGCAUGGAGGAACAGAUCAUCGCCACCGAAGCUAUCGUCUCGGCACUGGUGAAGAACGACAAGUCCGGACCCGUCACUUCCAAGACCGGUGGAAACAGUACCAGCAACCCUAAUGCCGGUGAUGGCGACGGCGACAAGGAUAAGACCCAGCUGAAGCCGAUCACCACGGGUGACCGCGCGGGGGCCGGUAUUCUGACGGUCCUUUUCGCCGGUGUUUGGCUGGGCAUGGUCGGAUGGUUGUUAUUGGCUUGA